AUGUCUCAAGACAACCCCCCUGCUGUGCUUGAUGUUGACGAGGAGCAAGAUGACGCCCGUUCGGAAGUUGGAAGUAGCAUUGCUUCGUCGAGCACUAGUCUUCGUAACUCCCUGUUGGACUACCGGGUAGAAAACGGCAGAACUUACCAUCGAUACAAGGACGGCAAAUAUGUCGUCCCCAACGAUGAUAGGGAGUUGGACCGCCUAGAUCUUCAGCAUCAAGUUUGGCUUCUUGCUCUCGACGACAGACUUGGCGUUGCACCGCCAUGCAAGGAAGGGGCUGAAGUUGGCCGUGUUCUUGACGUUGGUACUGGUACCGGUAUCUGGGCUCUUAACUUUGGAGAUGAGCACCCUGAGGCUGAGCGUGCCCCGAACGUCAGGUUCGAGAUCGACGAUGUUGAAGAGGAAUGGACGUGGUCGCGCCCCUUCGACUACAUCCAUAGCCGAGUCAUGACGGCCAGCAUCGGCGAUUGGGAGGUUUAUCUACGCAACUGCUACGACAACCUGGUGCCGGGUGGCUGGGUUGAACUCCAGGAACUGGACCUCUUUGCUACGUCUGAUGACGGGACCCUAACGGAAGACCACGCCCUCUCAAAAUGGUGCAAGCUUCUCCAGGGCGCUUCGGAGAAGCUAGGUCGUCCUUACAUUUCGCCCCCACCGUUGAAGAGCCUUCUCUCUGAAAUCGGAUUCGUCGACGUGUCGCUAAGCCUGUACAAGUGGCCAAGCAACCCGUGGGCUAAGGAUCCAAAGUACAGGGAGCUGGGUGUAUUGCAGUGUGAGAACGCUCUGUCCGGUGUGGAAGGGUUCACAAUGGCAUCUCUGACGCGCGCUUACGACUGGACACCCGAGGAGGUCAACGUCCUCUUGAUCGAUGUGCGGAACGACAUCAAGAACAGAAACAUUCACGCUUACUGGCCAACCUCCUCCGGCUCCCGCUUCUCCUCAGGCCGCUUCACCCACUCCGGCUCCCUCCUCGCCUCCUGCCCCGGUUGCAGGACAACUUCAGUCUCCGGCAAAGACACUGGCAACGGCUUCUACGCCCGUUCCGGCUGCGGACCAGACUCCGCACGGAGCUUCGGCCAAAAGCCCAGCUCCGACAUCGCCCUAGACUACGACAAUCUUAGGCUGAGGAACUUCCGCUGCAUAGCACAUUCUAGUGGUUGA